GCGGCGCCCCAGAGCCGCGCCGCGCCGCUUCCUGCCGCUAUAAAUAGCCGCCCGGCCCAAGAUGUCCCGGCCGCCGCAGCGGCUGGAGUGCCGGCGGGAGCUGCUGUCCCGUCCCGCCGCCUAGCCCGCCCGGAGCGCGGAAUGUGCAACCUGGGAAAUAUUAUUGUGAUGUAAUUAACUUCAGCAAGUGCAUUCUGGACUGAAUUUGCAAGGUCUCCUAUUCUCUGCAAGCAUCUCUCCUGCUGGUGACAAGGUUUCUUAGCAAGACCAGACGGAGCUCAGCCUUCCACCAUGCCCGUGCCUCCUCCUCCAGCUCCCCCUCCGCCUCCAACACUGGCCUUGGCAAACACUGAAAAGCCCUCCCUAAGCAGGUCAGAACAAGCAGGGCGAAAUGCUCUAUUAUCUGAUAUUACCAAAGGAAAAAAGCUAAAGAAGACUGUUACUAAUGACAGAAGUGCUCCAAUUCUGGACAAACCCAAAGGACCAGGUGGAGGUGGCGGCAGUGGCUUCGGAGGAGGUGGUGGUGGCGGCAGCGGCGGGAGUUUUGGUGGUGGUGGUGGCGGCAGCUUUGGUGGUGGUGGACCACCUGGCCUUGGAGGCCUUUUUCAAGCAGGAAUGCCAAAGCUCAGAUCUGCUGCAAGUCGAGAUGCUGAUGCUGGGGGAGGCCGCCCGCCCGCCCUGCCGCCCGGAGGCCGCUCCGCAGCCGCCAAGCCCUUCUCUCCGCCGAGCGGCCCGCCGCGCUUCCCGGGGCCGCCCUCGGGGCCGCGGACCUCCGCUCCCGAGCCGCAGAGGAGCCGCAUGCCGCCGCCGCCGAGGCCCGACGCGGGCUCCAAGCCCGAGGCCGUGCCGCCCCCGGUGCCCAGCACCCCCCGGCCCAUCGCCUCCAGCCUGCACAACAGGUCGACGCCGGUGCCGGGCGUGAGCCGGCAGCCCAGCCUGGGGCCCUCGCCCCCGCCGUUUCCCGGCAGUCGGGGCGCGGGGCCGGCGGGAUCCCUCCGGCAGCCCGGCCCCAGCGCGGCGCCCCCCUUCGCCGGCCGGCCGCCGCUGCCGCCCACCCCGGGCCGGCCGGCGGAGGACAAGCCGCCGCCUCCGCCGCCCCCCGCCGGGCACAGGCCGCCCGCCGUCCGGGAGGCGGCUCUGCCCCCGCCGCCGCCGCAGAACAGCAAGCCGCCCGUGCCCUCCGCCCCCCGGCCCACCUCCGGCGCCCCGGCGCCCCCGCCGCCCCCCAGCAGGCCGGGGCCGCCCCCCGUCCCGCCCGUCCCCGGCGGCAGCGACGAGAUGCCGCGGCUGCCCCAGAGGAACAUCUCGCUGGGCUCCUCCUCGGCGGCCGGCGGCGGGGGGGGCCGCUCCGGACCUCUGCCCCCCCCGCCCAGCGAGAGGCCCCCGCCGCCUGUCAGAGACCCCCCGAGCCGAUCAGGCCCCCUCCCACCACCUCCUCCCAUAAGCAGGAAUGGAAGCACUUCAAGGGCUUUGCCUGCUACUCCCCAGCUGCCCUCCCGGGCAGGGCUGGACAACCAGAGAGGUGGACCACGACCGCCGCUUCCCCCUGACCGGCCAGGCUCGGCAGCGCCGCCGCCGCCACCACCACCACCGCCUUCAUCAGCUGUCAGAAACGGCUUCCAGGAUCCAGGUGAUGAUGAAUGGGAAAGCAGAUUUUCUUUUCAUCCUAUAUCUGAUUUGCCACCUCCAGAGCCAUAUGUACCCGUGAACAGAAGUUAUCCCAGUAAACUAGCAAGAAAUGAAAGCAGAGGUGGCUCUGGCCGAAAAGAAAGAGGUGCCCCCCCGCUUCCACCUAUACCAAGGUGAAAUGGGUUCUGGCCCAUCUUUGGGCGACGUCUGUUUCCAAGUUUCCUUCGAGUCAGCUGUCCUGUCCACAUCAUUGGAAAGUUGUCUGUUUUGCUUUUUUUCCACUUUUGGCUUGUCAGCUGGAACAACCUUCAGUCUCUAUUACAGAAGUAAUAGAUGCAGCUUAUGAACUAUAGGUGCUCAAAGCUAUAAAUUUUAUUUGCUUAUACUGCAGGCUGUCAUGAAAGGCGUUUUGUGGACCACACGCAACAUACGUGCAUCAUGCUUACUGUGUCCAGCCCUGUCCCCUUGAGAGCUCCACGAGAGGUCUGGCUUUGAGAUGAAUGAGAGCUGGAACAAAGCUGUUUCAUUCACUUUGGGUACAGUGGCUGUAUUAGUUGAAUGAUAAAGUACAAUCUAUUUUCUGUUUAAAAAACAGUUGCUGGGGAAAACCGUGUAGCCAAGAGUCCCCUGGAUCCUUCUCUGCAUGCCUAACUUGGCCCAUCUGCUUCUGCAAGCCAUAGGCCUACUACAUGGUGACCAAGAGUUCAUCCUAAACCUUCUCACUUCAGCUUAGCCAAGCAAAUCGUAUUUUAAACAAUAGAUCGCACAUCCUGCCCCGAGGACGGAGCGUGUCUGGCCUUGGUUUUAUCUGCGGAGAAUCUUCCAAAGAAGAGUGCAAGUGAAGAAUUCAGCAGCAUAAAAAUCUCUCUCUCUUUUUAUCCUUCUUUCCCUGUUUUUUAAUAAUGUUAUGCUUUUAGUCACCUAAUUCUUUCCUACUCUGAUGUGGACCAACCCACAGUCAUCCGUGUCCUGGAUUGUUGUAAUGCCCUCUACCUGAGACUGCAUGCGAAGAGUCCUCAGAAAGUAGUCCUGGUGCAAGUGCAGCAAUUAGUAGUUGCAGGCUCCUGUGAAGCAUUGCUUACACCAGUGCUCCACAGACUGCUUUCCAGUUGUUUCUUUGGUACCACUAAAUGAUGGGGUUUGACUUAAACAGCUUCCUGGGGCUUAAGUCACAAGUCUCAGAGAGAUUGUACUGACUUAGGUUACAGUAGAGCAGCUGAGGUCAAAAGUGUACGUAAGUGAAAGCCCUUUGAUGUAGUGAAGGAGGUCUGGGGUUUGUGCGUUCAAGUGGGAGCAUCAGCUCCAAAAUUUGCUGUCUGCACUGGUUCAAGAGAAACAGGAAGAUUUGGCCUUCUGGGUUUACCAUGAAGCCUGUCCUUUCAAACUUUGCUGAAAGGAGUCUCUGCAGAGAGCUGCAAGGCUUACGUUAAUCGAAGAGAGAGUAAAGUAUUCCAACAUUGUGACAAUUGGGUAAUACGUUGAAUGGCUUUGGAAUUUUGUAUAUGAGAAAAGAGUUUGUUGUCUAAGCGCUUUUUACAAAUGGAUCUAAAUGCAUAUAAAAUGCCUUUGGAAAUUAU